AUGGAAUCGUGGAUUAUAUCGUUCCUUGAUUAUUUUUCGAAACAGUUAGCCAUCUACUUAGGAACUGUAAUGUUACUUGCUGGUUUAGUCGGAGGAUUUUUAACAAUUGUUGUAUUUCUGAGUUUACAUACAUUUCGAAAUAGCUCUUGUGCAUUCUAUUUACUAGUCAUGUCGAUUUUCAACAUCGGAAAUCUGCUUGGCGGUUUGCUCACUCGGAUAGUCAUUACCGGCCUUGGCAUCGACUGGACAAUAAGUUCGCAAUUUUAUUGUGCAUUUCGAUGGUAUUAUCUUUAUUCUGGUGUGCUGACUUCAUUUACAAUGAUUUGUUUUGCGACUAUUGAUCAGUACUUUGCAACAUGUACACGUCCCCGUUGGCAACGAUGGAGUAAUAUAAAACUUGCUCGUUGGCUGUCUUUUGCAGUGAUUAUUACUUGGCCUAUUUUGGCAACUCCUUACAUGUUGUACUUCAAAGUCAUUGAACAAUCACCAUCGGGUAAACUGGUAUGUACCAGUGUUAACAAGAUGUUUUAUCAAUAUCAUACUUACGUUUACAUUAUCACUCUGUCGGGAACCGUACCUAUCGUCGUUACACUUAUAUUCGGCUAUUUAGCUUAUCGUAAUGUUCAAACAUUGGCGCAUCGAACUUUACCAUUGGUUCGACGUGAAUUAGACAAACAAAUGACAAAAAUGGUUCUUGUUCAAGUCGUGCACAAUGGUUUUGCAAGCAUUCCCUAUGUUAUUGUUAUUGCAAUAAUGAAUAGUUCAUCUGCACCAACUGAUCCUGUGUCAGUUGCUAAAUUACAAUUCUUUCUUCUUCUCACAAUCUACUUUUAUUAUUUUAACUAUGUAAGCCCAUUUUAUAUUUAUCUGGGUGCAUCAGAACGAUUUCGUCACCAAUUAUUUUAUGUUUUACUUGAAAUUCAUUUGAAACGAUGGCGACGAAGACAAACAGCUGUCGGUCAAAUCGAUCAGCAGUUGUAUACGCAUGCAUAA